AGAGACUCACCAUUGGACAACUCCAUUUUUAAACUCAGUUCAGUUUCUCUUCGGUUCAGUGUGUCAGAUCCCUCUGAAUCCGGAGUGAAAUGAGGCGUCUCGCGCGCGUCCUGUGCGUGUGUGUGUUUCUGUGGACGAGCGGCGUGAACGCGUCUGAUGAGGACUGUCCGGAGAAUAAGAUCCUGAGCGUGGAGUAUCCGUGUACGAGAGCCGGAGGUCAGAGAGGUCGCUGUCUCAGGAGGAAGUGCUGUGAAGGCUUCAGGUUCGUGAUGGGUCAGUGUGUGCCGGAAAGUCUGGACGUGUGUGCCGGGUCUCCCUGUGAGCAGCAGUGCACGGAUAACUUCGGUCGUGUGUUAUGCACGUGUUUCGAGGGAUAUCGCUUCGACCGAGAGCGACACCGGCAGCGCCUGCACCCGUACUGCAUCGAUGUGGACGAGUGUGAAGAAUCGAACAGCAGCGUUUGUGAACAUGUGUGUGAAAACACUCCUGGAAGUUUCCUCUGCCGCUGCAACGUCGGGUUCACACUGACUUCAGAUCAGCGCUCCUGUGCUCCUCAACACAACCUGAGCUCCUCCAGUAAGUCUGAGACUCAGAUGAGUUCUGGAUCAUGUUCUCUCAGCUGUCAGGACUUCAUCAACAUGAGGAGCAGCUUACUGCAGAUCAGACUCCAGCUGGAACACACACAGGGUUCUUCUCCCAGUCUGGAUAAUAAUAGCCACAAACCAGAGAGUCACACCAGCUCUGGACCACCAGGACCACCAGGUGAACGAGGGGAGAAGGGAGAGCAAGGGCCGACGGGACCCCAAGGGCCCAGAGGAGACAUGGGUCCGAUGGGGCCACAGCCGGAUCUUCAGCACAUAAAGACAGGCAGACGGGGAGCGGUGGGACCGGCCGGAGCGCCUGGUAGAGACGGACAGAAGGGUGACAGAGGUUUUCCUGGACCCAGAGGAUCUCCAGGUCCUCCAGGGUCGUUUGACUUCCUGUUGCUGAUGAUGGCUGAUAUCCGUCAUGACAUCAUCGAGCUGCAGCAGCGAGUGUUUGGGAAAGGGCGUGGUCUGACAGUGGACACGCCCCUUCUAUCCAGCGGAGAGGCGGAGCUUGAUGAAUGGGCGUCAGGAGAGGGAGAGCUGGAUUGAAUCUAAACAGGUAGAGUCCACGUGUGUUAUACUGAGGUCACUCGAUCUGAGAUUGAACACUCCUCUUUUAGUAGUGUACACUAUGUAUGCGUUUACUCACUGUGUGAGAUUUCUCAUUAUUUCAUCAAACUGACUUAAAUCUGAAUUGAACCGAAUUAAA